AUGUGUAGAGCCACUUUUGGUCUUGCGCUCAGAGAUAUGAACAAAGAUGUUCUUGGAAGGCUGGAAGAGUACAGAUUCUUUCGUCGUUUGAGGAGAUUUAACAAGAGAAGUGGAUUCUUCACGUUCGGGUUCCCCUGUUUGCUGAUUAUGAGCAGCUUAAUAGUCACAGGGACCUUUAUAGUAGACAAACAACUGGAAGUAAAGUAUAACAGAGAGCAAAGUGUGGGCAAACGCGAGCAGAGUCUCAGGGAAGAGCACGAUGAGAUGAUAAGAAUGCUCCAAAAGGUUACACCUUCUGAUAAAUUAGAUAAUUCUGUACCAAUUCCAAAGAUUGACGACUAG